CCAUAGUUUACUACACUUUAUCUCAUCCAAGCACUCGUGCUGAAUGGCUCCUGAAGGACUUCUCUUUUACCUUCUAUGUGCAUAUGACAAAAUCCGGUAUCAACUUCCCGUGGCAUCCCGGAAGCACUCCGCUCUCAAACCGGUGUUUCACUUAUUCAGAGCACGACUAAUUGCCUCUUUGCCUUUACCUCAAACUGGAGCCACCGCCUUGCACUGAACCGGGAAAUUGAGCUUGAAGUGGUAGGACAGUUGGUUUUUUGAGUGGAAUGGCAUCGAAGAGAAUCUGCCUGGCUGUCUUGUUUGUUUUCUGUUUGCCUCUUCCACUUCCGGUAUUGUCAGUGAACACUAACAUCAAUGGAACAAGAGGAGCUUCUGUUCUCUUGCAAUGCCAUCAUAAGUUAGAGAGUCCAUUCCAGCCUCAAGAAAGCCGAAUAUACUGGCAGACUCAGGAUGCUAUCGUUCUUCAUGUGUACAACGCAGGACAAGAGGAGUUUGGAUAUCAGGAUAAGACAUUUCAAAACAGGACCAAAAUCUUCCCAGAUCAAUUAUCCUUAGGGAACUUUUCUCUUGUGAUUGAGCCAUUAAUGCUAAGAGACGAUCGCAUCAGUCUGAAGGUUGUUUAUAUGGCUGCAGCACAAGCAGGAAUCACAAUCUGCGAGCAGACUCUGUAUGUCGCAGCUCCCUUACAGAAACCCAAAGUUGAAAUAAAUCAUACAACGAUGUCAGCAAACUGCAGUACGAGGGGGGUGUACCCCGAACCCCAAAUCAGUUGGACCUCCCAGAACGACUCCCACAUCCCUGAACAUACACUGGGACAACGCGAAGUGCAGACUACUGUGACCUGUGAAGAAGAUGGCACCUACAGCAUCAACAGCAUGGUCAGCAUCACAGGGAGCAUGACGUGCUAUGUCUACAACCCCACGUCAAACCAGACUGUCAGUGCUGCUGCUGCAAUCACAGAACAUACCAGAUCUAGAGUUAUUGCCAUUGUGGUCUUCAUUAUCCUCAUCAUCAUCAUCAUCAUCUGUAUCGCAGUGGGGAUUGUGUGUGCAAGAGCUAGAGCUGGCAGACCCUACGCAGCACCUGAGAUAGCACUGGCACCCAUUGAUGAUGGAGGAAUGGCUCCUGAAGGACUUCUCUUUUACCUUCUAUGUGCACCUGUUAUCGCUUGCACAUCCAUCAUAGCCACUACUGGAGGGUCAGCUGUGAUUCCCUGCUCUCUGCCCUUGUCAGUCCGUCCAGCAGCACUCUGGUUCUACUGGCAGGAGGACAACACAGAAAACAUUUUGUUCUUCUGGAACAAAUCUGGGAAAGAAGGAAAUAGGGCUGAACAAUAUCUGAACAGGUGCCAAGCCCCUAAUUAUAAUGAGUUUUUGUCUGGAAAUAUUUCCAUUAGACUUGACAACAUUACAACUGGAGAUGACCAGAAAACACUCUGGGUCAAUGCUGGGUCCCUUGAUGAACACAGCAAAACUAUUGAUGAGUUUCACAAAAAGUGCAAAUGUACUUUGCUGGUUACAGCUCCCUACCAAGGACCAGUUGUGACCAUUUCUGAAUUUAAUGAGACAAAAAAUGCUACAUGUACAGUAUAUGGUGGGUUCCCUGAGCCUCAGAUCUCAUGGACUGGCCUUGGGAAAUCUAACAAUAUACCUGUGGAACUGCAGGGGACACACACCCCGCCUGAGCAAGACCCAGCAGACAAAACCUACAAUGUCUCAAGCACCGUCAGCGUCAAGAACCUGCAGUCUGUCACAUGCCACGUCUAUAAUCCACGGUCCAAUGAGACAAUUACCAGCACCGAACAGAUACCAGGUGAAGCGGGCAACCCUGGUUGGUUUUGGCCUGUAAUCGCAUCUGCAGCUAUACUCGUAUUUGCAGUUCUGUGUGCAGUGGGCUAUUGUGUAUACAGAUGUACAAGAUGCAGGUCAGCUACCAUGCAACCAACUGGGAACACUCAUGCAGCUCUCCGUACCUCCGACAACGCCUCCCCAGCUGCCAACAGAGAUGCUGCUGCUGAUACCAGUCAGGAUGCUGAAGAGCAAGAACAUCUUGUGUAAAUUAUGAUGAAAAUGAAAAAGGCACUGCAGGUACUCAUGAGCAGUGAAUGAACUAGAAUGUUCCAGGAGAAGAAACUGUGUGGGCUAGCAGCAAUAAGUUGAGAAGGGUUAAAGCAAUUGAUGACUGACAGCAAUAGAC